AGACACCUGUGCCCUGUCAUCACUCAGUCCCAUCUACAUAAGCACCUCGAAACUCUAAAAUAUUGCACCGAACACUGAGAAAAACGCAGUAUUUUGAGGAAGAUUUUUGAGGAAAAAUAAUGGGGAAGAGAAGUGUAUCUAGUUUUCUGAUCUUGGUGGUGCUGUGUUCUGCACUGGUGGCAAUCGUGGGUGGCGCAUAUGAAGAUGAGGGAAGAAGAUGGGAAACAGGAGGUGGUGCCGGUGCUGGUGGAGGGGAAGAGGGCGGAGCAGGGAUGAGGCAAGGACAGGAUCAGUUUCUGUUGCAGGAUUCUGAGUAUGUUGUGAAGACUGAUGCUGGUGAUGUUAGGGUGGUGAGGGGAGUAGGAGGGAGAUUUAUAAAGAGUCCUUUGCAUAUUGGUUUCAUUACUAUGGAACCCAAAAGCCUCUUCAUCCCUCAGUACCUUGAUUCCAGUCUCGUCCUCUUCGUUCGCAGAGGGAAAGCAAAAAUUGGGCAUAUCUACAAAGAUAAAUUGGUGGAGAAAAAGCUAGAAACAGGAGAUAUAUAUAGGAUUGGUGCAGGAUUUCCUUUUUAUAUAAAUAAUACAGCAGAGGGACAAAGACUUCAUAUAAUUUGCAGUAUCGAUACCUCAGACAGCCUGGGAUUACAACCAUUCCAGUCUUUCUACAUUGGUGGUGGGAAAUAUCCAGUAUCUGUACUUUCGGGUUUUGAUCGAUUUACGUUGUCAAUGGCACUCAACGUUUCAAUAGUCGAAGUAGAGGAACUGUUGUCAAGGCAAAUGGGGGGUCCAAUUGUCUUUCACAAUGUUUCUUAUUCGCCGAGGACAAAAUUUUUGGACUUAGAAAACUAUCAGAAGCUGGCAGAGAUGAAGAGAAUCGUGCACAUAGGGAAAGACAGCGAAGAAGAAGAAAAGAAGCAACCAAGGUGGACUUUGAGGAAGUUUUUGAUGACAUAUAUAUUUGGAAGUGAGAACGAGGAAAGGGAGGACAAAAGAGGUUCAAGCGACGAGCCGGACCCUUUUAAUAUCUAUGACAGAAAUCCCGACUUCAAGAAUGAUUAUGGGUGGAGCAUUGCUUUGGACAAGUCCGAUUACUCGCCCCUUGACGAUUCUGAUUUGGGAAUUUUCCUAGUCAAUCUCUCUGCGGGAUCAAUGAUGGCACCACAUUACAAUCCCACGGCAACAGAGUAUGGAAUUGUUUUGAAAGGAACUGGUACAAUUCAAGUUGCGUCUCCUGAUGGAAGUCUAGCCAUGAAUGCCGAAGUAAAGGAAGGGGACGUAUUCUUUAUUCCGCGUUUCUUCCCAUUCUGCCAAAUAGCAUCGCGAACUGGCCCUUUUGAGUUCUUCGGGUUUUCCAGCUCGGCUCGCAAUAACAGGCCUCAAUUCUUGGCGGGGGAUAACUCUAUCUUAAAAAAACUAAGAGGGCCAGAACUUGCAAAAGCUUUUGGACUGAGCGAGGAGAGGCUGGAUGAUAUUGUUGACGCUCGGUCGGGUUCCGUAAUCUUCCCAUCAGCCGUCGUUGCACCACCAGAGGUAGCAAAGAUGAGCAGGACCUUCGGCAAUGACAAAAUAACGGACUUCAAUUAAGAGGAGAGGCUUAUAGGUGAUGCUUUAACUUAGGGUAAAAGCAAUGUAUCUUAUUUUCGGUUUUGUUUUGAUUCUCUCUCUCUUGUUCCUGUGUAUUAGUUGUAAGUUCUGAAUAAGUUCCUCUUGUUCCUGUACUGAUCAAGGAGGAUUGUACUAUUAUACAUUACCCCCUACUAGGUUUUUAAACUUUUUGAGUUAAAUGCUUAUCAGUUAUCACAAUUGACUCAUA